AUGGCCGAUCGGGACAGCCUCGUGGUGGGACUGGCGCAGAUCGCGCCCGUCUGGCUCGACCGGACAGCUACAUUGGCCAAGGCGCUGGUACCGGGCUACCCAUUCUGGAUCGAGCACACGGAUGGUGCCCGCUUCGAAUCUGCGCUCCAGAAGGACAUCCACGCCCACUACCUCGACCAAGCCGUGCAGGUGGAGGCGGGACACCUCGACAGCGUUCGCGCCACCGCCGCGCGUCUGGGCAUCGCAGUCAUGCUCGGUAUUAUUGAGCGCCCAGCUGACCGUGGCGGGCACAGCGUCUACUGCUCACGCGUCCACAUCGGUGAUGACGGUCGAAUCGGCUCGGUACAUCGCAAACUGCUGCCGACCUACGAGGAACGUUUGAGUUGGGCACCCGGCGAUGGCCACGGGCUGCGGGUGCAUCAAGUCGGACCUUUCACCGUGGGCGGAUUGAAUUGCUUUGAGAACUGGAUGCCGUUGUCUCGUGCGGCUCUCUAUGCGCAGGGCGAGGACUUGCACGUGGCACUCUGGCCUGGCAAUGGACGCAACACCGAGCCUACGACACGCUUCCUGGCGCGGGAAGGCCGCAGCUACGUCUUGGCCGUCUCCGGUCUGAUGCGGCGGGAGGAUGUGCCAUCAGAUAGCCCGGCAGCGGCUAUGUUGGAAGGGGAUUGCCCUGCGAUGCUGGCGGAUGGAGGCUCUUGCAUCGCUGGACCGGACGGCGAGUGGGUAGUGGAGCCGACCACGGGCAAGGAGGAGUUGCUGGUCGCCACGCUUGAUCACCGCACGGUAAGGCGAGAGCGCCAGAAUUUCGACUUGGCGGGCCACUACGCCCGCCCCGACGUGACCAGGCUGGUGGUGGAUCGCCGUCGCCAGGGUUUGGCAGCCUUUCAGGAUGAAUCACCAGAGGCUUAG